AUGGGAACCCAGAGACAGGUCGAGCAGCAGCAGGAGGGAGACACGAGAGCAGGGCGUCGGGGCCACGGAGGAAUGCAAGCGGCCACUCGCUUCGAUCUGACUCAUCGAGUGGGAGGAGAGACGGGUGGUUCUGGUGGCGGAUUAGGUAGUGGCGAGGGAGUGGAAGGCGGGGGAUCGGGGCAUGGGAGGAAGCACAGCAGAGUGUCCACGAUGACCCACCUGCUGGAUUCCGAGCUGCUCCAGCUAGAGGAGGACAUGGCUCGGGAGGUGGCUCGGCAGGAGAAGCUGGCAGACGUGAUUGCCAUUGCUGGGGGCGACAUGCCGCAGCUGCCAGUGCAGGAGCUAGAGGACAAGGAGGAGAGGCAGUUGCACCGCGAGGUGACGCAUAUGGGCGGCGAGCUGCGGUCGAUGCGGCGGGUGCUGCUGGAUCUGAGUGUGGAGCGGUGCAACGUGGAGCGGGCUCUGGAGCACGUGCACUGGCAGGUGGACUCGUUCGACGCCGUCAAGGCCAUGCAUAGCACGCAGUUCCACCUGCUGCAGCUGAUGGCACAGACGGAGGUGCUAAAGGACCUGCUGCAGAUGGAGAGGGAGGAGAACGAGCACGUCGAGAGCUUUGUGCGCCUCGCCCUGGCCGACCUGGAGGCCAGCGGCCCCAACAGCUUCCUUCUCGAGGCGUCCUCUGUGGACCUGCUGGAAACCCUCACCGCCUGCUACAUCAACCAGGGCUCCGGCUUCACCCCCCUGGCUGGCACUGGCGCUGCUGGUAUGGGCUUCGGUGGCGCUGCUGCUGGUGGGGAAGGGGGGUUGUGGGGGAGCGGGAGGAGGAGCCGGCGGGAGCAGGUGGUGCAGGGCGGGGAGUGGGGGAUAGGCGCAGGAGAGGGGGGUUUUGGGGGGAGUGGAGAGGAGGGAGGGGAAUUUGGGGAGGGUGAGGGGGGUGGAGGGGGGUUAUGGGAAGGAUUACCCACAGGCUUACCAGGGUAUGGGGAUGGGGAGGAUGAGGAUGAGUAUGAAGGGGAGGGGGAGAGGGAGAGGGGCCGACAUGGGAGUGCGCAUGGCGGGAGGCACAACGGAGAAGCCAGUAUUACAGUGGGGUCUAGAGGGAUGGGCAGUGGUAGGCGGAGCAGCAGCAGCGCCAGCAGGAGAGUGGCUCGCUCUCACAGUACCAACUCCCCUGGCUUUCCAGGGGGCAGCAGGGACGGACACACGGACCUGGGGUCAGGGUUUGAGGGCGAGGGGGAGGGUUCUUCUGGGGGAGGUAGUCCUGUUGCUGGUGUGGGGGGUGCAAGAGCGGGUUUGCCUCUGGGGGUGUCUGAACGGGUUCGAACUCGCAGUCUGCGUCGCCACCGCAGCAGGCACUCAGAGGAUGGGUUUGAACCCAGCCGUCUGGGCGGCAGCCCUGGGCGCUACAGUCCGGGGCAUGCCGCCCUUGAGCACGCCGGGAGCGGCUCGCCGCCCAUGGCGUCACACUCGCCGCCCAUCGUUCCUCGCUCGUUCACCCACCAUGGGGUUGCGGCUAGCAAGCUUUCGCAGGCAGGAGCAGGUGGAACGGCAGGCGUGGGGUAUGCUCAUGCGCGUGACAGUUCUCAUGACAAUGCUUUUGAUGGUGAUGAGGAUGACGAUGGGUCGGUGGGGAGUGAGGAGGACGAGGAGUACGCUCGUCUCAUGGGGCUCGGAGGCUCGGAAAUGCGUCUGCAGGAUCCGCAGCAGCAGCAGCAGAAGCAGCAGGCGCUGGUUCGGCGGUCAGCCACGGCGCCAAUCAAGUCACUCAGGUCUGGGGCGUCCCCGGGCCUGGCGGGAGGCUCGGGAAGCAUGCACGAACGGGAGGUGCGGAAGAGUGGUUCGGACGAGGCGGAGGAAGGGGGGAGGGGGAGGAGGGCAGCGAGGGGGCAAACGGUGCUGCCUGUGAUGUCUAGAUUGCUGGACCCGGAUGGGAUACUGCAGCCUCACGAGAGUCAUCUGGGGGACUCGUCCUUGACUGCGUCUCCUGCUCGAUCAGAAGACUCAACUAUGGAUCCCAUGGCCCAGCUCCCUGGUCUCACCCCGAGCAUGCUCUGUGCAAGCCGCAGCCCCGACCGCCCCCGUCCCGCCCCGCGCCCCCGCCCGCCUAUCAGCAAGUUCGCCUCCUCCCCCAGUUCCGCGCUUAACACUGCUGCUGCCUCAUUCAUUCCCAGUUCUGCCCCAACCAGUAGCAGCGUUGCUGGUCUGGGGGGUGAUCGGCCCCCUGCUGCAGCUGCAGCUGCGUCAGUGCCAGCAAUAGCAGCAGGAGCAGGAGCAGGGGGGGCAGCAGGGUCCUACCCAUCAAUGGAGCCAAUCCCCAGUGCUAUUGCCCGAACCCGCUCUGCCGGAUCUGACUUCCUCGAGCGAGGCUCGGCCGGGGCUGCUGGUCCGGUAGCUGGGCUGCUUAAGACAGUCAGGUCUAGGGAGAGAUCUCGCAGCGGCAGUGGGGGCAGGGGGGAAGGGGGAGGAGGCGGGGGCAGCAGGGGUGGUUCGUGGGGAUCGGCAGGUUCACUGGGAGAGCUUGUGGGGGAAGAGGACUUAGAAGCAUUCAUGGAUUAUGAGAGCCAGGGAGGAUCCGGGUCCGAUGUGCGCAGGCGCACACGGGCGGGUAGAGGGGGGAUGGCUGCAGGAGGAGGGGGAGGAGGAGGAGGAGGAGGAGAGAGUGGGAGUGGAGGGAGGGAGUGGGGCGGGGCAAGGGAGAGGUCUCUCGGGGACAUUUUAGAGUCGGUGGUGUCAUCGAGUGAGGCUGAGAUGGCGGAUAAGCGCAGGGACAGGUGGCGCCGAUCCAAGGACAAGAUCCUACGGUCGAAAUCGCGCAAGAGCGAUAAGGCUGGCGCUGCUGCUGGUGCUGGUGCUGCUGGUCGGGCUGGGGGCGGCACCACUGGUGGGGCUGGCAGUGCUGCUGGUGCUGGGAGCGGCGGGUUUAGAGGCAGGAGAGAGAAGGCGCAUGGAUUCGGUUCAGAUGCCACUUUUGCUGAGGAAUUCGAGGAGGAGGGUGAGACAGGGGAUGGAGGGGCGGGGGGCAUGCAUGCCAGCAAGCUGUCUGUGGCAUCAGUGGACUCUCUCAGUCGCUGGAAUUCUGUUCCCGCUGUCUCUGAUGAUUGGGUCGACUCUAUAAGCGCUUCUGCUCCUCCUCCUGCUGCCGAGUUGGGAGAUCAGCAGUGGGAGGUGGAGGGUGAGGGCGCCAGCACAGGCAUAGCUGCAGCAGCAGUGGCAGCAGCAGGGGGUGCAGCAGAGGGUGCAGCAGAGGCAAGUGCAGGAGAGCUGGCAAGCGUGGAAUCCGCCCCAGCCUUUGACUCGGACGCGGUCAGCAGAGGUGGCGAGGGGGGCGGCAGCAGGGCACAGGAGCGCUCGCAGUAUCUCCGACAUGCCCCCACGCCCUCGCUCAGUCUCCAUUGCUGA